AUGGAGCCCAAGAAGGAUGCAGCGCAUGUGCGGCUAGAAGCAGCCAUGACCCAACAACGUGUGGCACUAAAGCACGUCCUCAACAAUAAGACAAUAGCAGACGAAACAGAUACGAAGGCUCUGAAGUUAUCUCAGCUGAGACUGCAGGCUCUCACAAGCUCAUUGACGGCCACCAGCAAGCAGUAUGCAGCCCAGAUCAAGAGGAGUAAAACUAUGUCACAUGAUGUACAGCUACUAAGAGUUCAGAUGGAAUAUCUCGCUCAACAACACGCUGAUCGACUGCGAGAACUAGACUGUAUAGAAGCACAGAGAUACAGAGACGCAAGACGGACCUCUCAGGGACACGCCUGCCCUGCGGAUACUAUAAUCAUGGCUAUCUGGCCGAGAGAAGACGAUACUACGGGCAGCACACCACUGGAGAGUGAGGUGUUGGUGAACACUGCCAGUGAGAGGAAGCGACGACUGCUACACGCGCCACAGGGGGACACGUUUAGCUUGGAGCAGCCAUCGCAUCACCACCGACAAACCCCAAAGAAGCCCGACCCUAGUGAUGCCAAAGAGUUAUUCCGUACCCAUCACGAGGGAGAACAAGACACCCACAACCGAAAAGAGGUCCAACACAAGUGGGCGGAGAAACCCAAACACAGCGAAAAGGUAUCCACGACACACCUCGCUCUGCACGACGAGGUGUACCUGGGACUACCACACAUCCCUGCUCAAGCCAAUACCCAAAAGCACGACGUACCGAACUGCCAACGGAGUACAGAGGGUAACCAUGGCAACCAUACAAAUACACACCAUACACACAAAAGCAACAAAGGCGUUAUCUAUGGCGAUCCGUCGAGUGCGCAUAAUACGCUCUCGACCCAGAGAGACAACGGAGAGACUCAGCCGUUAGUUUUUGCGCCAUUAUCACCGGAGCGGCCGCUACCAGCGUACGCACCAGCCACACGCAGUAUGAUGGCUCUUCUCGAACUGGAAUAGCUCGAGCAUUGCGGGUGAUAUGAAUGUGCACUGUAUUUGGGCACACACUCCGCUUUAUUAGGGAU